UCUGCAGGAUUUUGGUGUAUUGAGCAAAACACAGAGCUGGUAAGAGGCGUGCAGUUGGACAUGAAGGCGGCUGCAGAAACCGUGGACAGUGCAGUGCAAACAUUGUCGUAGCUGCUUCAACAACAAUCACAAACACAGUGGUGAUUGUGAACGCAGCUUGGUUUAGUCUGAACGUGGCGCGGGAAACUACAAACGCUCCACGGUUUGAAAUACUGCUGCAAAUGCACUGUCUGAAAAAAAUCAAGACAACAGGUGACUGCGAUGGAAAAGUUUGUGACUCUGGGACAGAACAAACGCUCCUGUGCCAAUGAUGCAAGAAGUCCACAGAAGAGGAUGAAACUGGAGAGUGAUGAGAAGAUAAAGGAGGAGGAAGAGGAGGAGGAGGAAGAUGCCAUCUUAGCUGAGUUCUCACAUCCUGUUCCUUGGCAAAAAAUAGAGGCAGAGGGCCUCGACUGUGAUUACGCUCUUCUGUUCUCCAAAGAGGAAGCAGACCACCUUUUCAAACAGCUGGAGGAGGAAGUGGUGUACUCAACAGGAGAGGAAGCAAAGGUGCAGGUGUUUGGAAAGGUUUAUAAUAUACCGAGAAAGCAGGCCACAUACGGAGAUGCAGAUCUAACCUACACUUACUCUGGGGUGACACGUUUGGCCUCCCCGUGGACUCCAACUUUGGAAUAUAUUCGGGAUGCCGUCACAAAGACAACCGGACACACAUUUAACUUUGUUCUGGUCAACAGGUACAAAGAUGGGCAGGAUCACAUCGGUGAGCAUCGUGAUGAUGAGAGGGAGCUGGACCCCCUUUGUCCCAUCGCUUCUGUCUCUUUUGGAGCGGCACGUGACUUUAUCUUCCGGCACAGAGAUGCUCGAGGCAAACAGACUCGGCGACAGAUUGAACCCGUGAAGCUGGAGCUCGCUCAUGGGAGCAUGCUCCUCAUGAACUCACCGACCAAUACCUUCUGGUACCACAGCCUCCCUGUUCGCAAGAAGAUUACCCUGCCCCGUAUAAACCUCACCUUUAGACGCAUUCUAGUGGACAGAAAGAAAUGAUGGAUUAUCAGUGGGCCCGGAAACAUCUGACUAAGAGGCUGAAUGGAGGACAAACCCCUUACUGUACAUGGUCACAUGGACAAAUAUAACAAAUCUAAAAUGGCAAAGUUCCUGUAGAAAGGAGCAAUAAAAUCAUCAUCAAACAAUUCAAUGAAAGAAAUUACAGGUUCUCAUUGUAUUGUACAUCUAGCUUCUUGAGUUGCAAUGUUCAGGUCCUUUACGGAGCAUUGUGUGCUGAUUUUAAGGCCUUUAACAAAUAUUAUAUUGAAAGAAGAGUUGCGUGAUGUUCCAAGAAUUUACAAACAUAUAUAAAACAAUCAAUAUACUGUGUUUGGUCAGGCUGGGUUUAAAAUAUAUCUGAGGGCGUCUGCUUAUUUAUUAAUCUGUCCUCGGCUGUUGUUAUCUGUAAAGUUCUUGCAAACUUCAUCUAAUUAAAAAUUAUUUUGUCUGUCUUUGGAUUUAAGGUAGAGGAUUGUUUACCCCUUAAAUUAUGUAUUUUAUUUGUUUCUGAAACAUGAAACAUGCUUCUGUCUUUAGAAAACAUUUUGUUGAGAUUCAGUGUUUUGGACGUUAAGUGGAUGCUCUUCUACUCGUACAGAAUCUCAAAUAUCAAAUACUUAUCUUGCUCUAAAUAAAUAAAUAAAACUCUAA